AUGCCUGAAUUCACGGUCGAAGACGUCGCAGGCCAUAAAACCCGUGAUGACCUCUGGGUGAUCAUUCACGGCAAAGUUUACGAUCUCACCAAGUACAUUCGGGAUCAUCCUGGUGGCGCAGAUGUGCUGCUCGAUGUUGCCGGUACUGAUGCGACUGCUGCGUACGAGGAUGUUGGUCACUCGGAGGAUGCGGACGAAAUCAUGCAAACCUACCUGGUGGGCACGUUGAAGGAUGCGACUCAGUUUGUUCGCAAGUCAGUCGUGCGUGUCGUCCAACAGACCUCUCAGCCAGUAGUAGAAAGCAACCCUUCGUCUCGGGUUCGCAAAGUUGCCGCCGCCAGCUCAGCGGCGGGGAUCCUGAGCCUCUUAUACUACGUCUCCCCCCGGCGUGGAUCCUCGCAACUGCCGCUGGCCCUUCGCGACAUACCAGCCUAUCUGCCUGGUCUGCACCGCCUGUUGCCGUCAGCCAUGACCGACAUGCGCCUGCCACACGGGGGCUUCGUCAGUGGAUUUGCAGCCGCUGCCCUGCUCUCCACUCUCAUCGGUGGUGUUGUGGGCAUCAAACUUUCGAAACUGACGCACAUCGACUCCGGCUUCACUCGAUAUCCCAGUCGCAUCAAGUGCCAGCCGAGACCCAAACCAGAGCCUCACAACAUUCCUGGCUUCCUCAAUCCGAAAGAUUACAAGACGCUCCCUCUCGUCGAAAAAGAACUGCUGGCGCCCAACGUUUACCGAUUCGUCUUCCAGCUGCCAGGCCCAACGGAUAUCAUCGGCCUCCCGAUAGGCCAACACGUUUCUAUCAAAGCUACCGUCAACGGACAGUCCGUUUCGCGAUCCUACACACCAACCUCCAACAACCUCGACCGCGGCCGCUUGGAGCUGGUCAUCAAAUGCUACCCAGACGGUCUCCUGACGGGCCAGUACCUCGCCAACCUGCAGCUCGGCGAGAAAGUGCAGUUCCGCGGUCCCAAAGGCGCAAUGAAGUACCAGCGCAACCUAUGCAGGAAGAUCGGCAUGAUCGCUGGCGGCACGGGGAUCACGCCCAUGUAUCAGCUCAUCCGGGCAAUCUGCGAAGACGACAGAGAUACCACCGAGAUCAGCUUGGUAUAUGCCAACCGCAGCGAGGGGGAUAUUCUGCUCCGCGCGGAACUGGAGGCGUUUGCGCGCAAGUACCCGAAGCAGUUUCAGAUCUACUAUAUGCUGGAUGAUCCGCCCAAGGAUUGGAGCUAUGGCACGGGGUAUGUGACGCCCGAUGUGAUGGCGUCCAGGCUGCCUAAGCCAGCAGCCGACACGAAGAUCUUGCUGUGUGGUCCACCGGGGAUGAUCAAUGCUGCGAAGAAGGGCCUUGUCUCGCUGGGCUUCGAGGCGCCAGGUGCUGUGGGCAGAAUGACGGAUCAGAUUUUUUGUUUUUAG